UGCAGAUAUUGUCUGACUGGAAACAAAGGUAUAAAUAACCUAAGGGGCAGGCAGAGGAGGAACAGCAUACUUUCUGUCUGGCUUCAAUUAAAGGCAGACCAGCAGUGGUAAGAGCAGUUAAGGCAGCCCAAGUGCUGUCAGAUCCCUCAUCACACAUACUUCCCAAUGGCUUGUUUAGAUAAAUGUCAUUGUUCUGUGGAUAACAGGAGACAUGGAAGCAUUUUAUACAACAUUCUAAAAAAUGAAGAACAGAAGGAAUCACACAAUAACAAACCUAAGAAGGAAGAUCACAAUGGGAUUUAUGGACAUGGAUGUUCCUGUGGAUCACAGAAGAAGGUUAGCUUGAAAAGCCCACAGGUAACCUGUAAAGCUGCCUCCGCAGUGUUGGUAAAGACUCUAAGAUUUGUCAAGAGUGUUCCCUGCUUUCAAGAGCUGCCUUUGGAUGAUCAACUGGUGCUUGUGAGGAAUUGCUGGGCUCCCCUGUUAGUGCUUGGGCUGGCACAAGACAAAGUCAAUUUUGAGACUGUGGAAACAUCAGAACCCAGUAUGUUACAGAGGAUUUUAACUAAUAGACAAGAAGUGGUCAAGCUAAAUGAUCACCAAGAAGAACCCAUAGGAAGUAAUGAACAUCAACACAAAUUCCCACAGCUACCUUCAGCUGCAGAGAUCAGGUGGAUCAAAGAAUUCUUAGACAAAUGCUGGAGCUUGGACAUAAGCACCAAGGAAUAUGCUUAUCUUAAAGGCAUAGUACUUUUUAAUCCAGAUUUACCUGGACUCCACUGCAUCCAAUACAUUCAAGGAUUACAGCAAGAAGCCCAGCAAGCCUUAAACGAGCAUGUAAAGAUGAUUCUCAGAUGGGAUCAGGCCCGGUUUACCAAGUUAAUUAUCGUGCUAUCCCUGCUUAGAUCCAUCAAUGCCAAUGGUAUUGCAGAACUCUUUUUUAGACCAAUAAUUGGUUCGGUCAGCAUGGAUGACAUGCUGUUGGAGAUGCUGGGUGCAAAAAUAUGACAUGAAGACUUCUUGAAAGCCAAAGUGGUUCAUAAUGAUCAUAGGAAUUGCCAAUAAUAACACAGACUGGACAUUUUCGCAGUGUAUGGAGUCAUAGCAGAUGCGCAUCACACUUUUAAAUGAAGAAACUAUUUUGUUAAGAGGAUGUGAAAAGCUUGCAUUAUUUUUGGUAUAUAAGUGCUAUCAAAUGGAUGGUCACUAUGCUAACUAAACUUUACAUGUUGCUCUCGGACUACCAGUAGGAUGUAUGUAUAGGAUGUAUUUGUAAAUUACAUUUGCUGAUUUAGUAUGUUUAAAGCGUACAUACAUUAAAAUGCAUUGCACUAUUUUUUUUUAACAAUUAUUACUACUGUCACCUUAUAUCAUUGUUCACCAUCUCAAGGUAAAAUCCCCACCACGAAUCCCAUAGCAAUAUGGCAGGCACCCUGCAGGUGCCUCUCACGUGUUACAAUUAUCCAAUAUAGUAAUACAAAGGUUUAUAGGAACAUGUUUGUUGGUGAGAAUUUCCGCCACAAAUUUACAUGCUAAAGUCAAUUGGAUAUAUAUUGGAGAUUUUUUUUCAGCUGCU